AGCCCGAGCUGGUACCAGUGGCCACUGGCCAACCAACGUGCAUGCGUACUUGUCUCUCCAUUGUGAAGCGUGAACUCAUCAAAUCCUUUCUGGGAACGUCUGCAUUUGCAUUAUAAUACGACCUUCCUUGUUUCAAUUGUGGAUUUACUCUUGCAGUUUGUUGUCGUUUGAAAUAUCAGCGCGUGUCAUAAGCUACCCAGAAGGGAAGGCUACAUUUUAUGCCAAGUGAAUCGCAUUCUGCGCGGUGUAUUUUUUUUGUCAGGUCUAAAAUAUCCGAUCUCAAGCCGAUAACUUUCAUCAACAAACGAGUUGAGUUUAGGAGCACAUUAAUGCGUACAGUACACGGACCUACUUGCCAUAAGGACAUCUGUCAGAAUCCGAAUAAUGUUUUUGCAGUGAUUGUUUUGGUAUCAUUUACCACACUUCCACUGUUGCCAGUCUAUCUAGCACGAGAGUAGCCAAAGUAACGCAUUUUUAAAAACGAUUUAACGAGUCCAGUUGUUUAGAGAAUUCUAGAAAAAUAUGGGAAGCACAGCAAAUGACUCCAAGAAGAGAGACGCGAAGACACCUAGAAAGAAGAGGACGCUUCGAUUGAACAUGCCCGACCUCGGCUCGUUUGCCAUGCCCUUCUUGGAGGGAGAUGCCGACCAUGUGGAUAAGGCCGACAUACAGAAGGAUGAUGGGAGUUGCCACUCAGCCAGCCCGACCAAAGGCUUCUUUACGCGGGGGCCCUUCAGUCGGCCCUCCAGUCCCAAGUCGGCCCCUGCUAGGACCAAGAACAGCCCAGGCUCCCCCAAAACCAUCUUUCCCUACCCUUCGUCCCACCAGGACUCCCCACCCAAGUCGCCUCGUCGCCUGAGCUUCAGCGGCAUCUUCCGCUCCUCCUCCAGAGACUCUAACUCCACCUCUCCCAUCAGCAUCAAGCUCUUCUCCAGGGCCAGGAAAGCCUCCGGGAUCUCCUCGCCUCCCUCAACUCCUCCGACUCAGGCCGCCAAGCAGGCGCCGGCGUUCCCGCUCGAGGCCUAUCGGAGCGAGCCGGAGAGGCUGGAGGCACGGAUGCGCUCCUACUCAUCCCCGCCAGACACCGGGCAGCGCUUCAGUCUACGCUGCUCCAAACCACCCAUGACUCCCUCCGCCCCCAUCGCUAACUCACGAUCACGACCAGUCCACGGUUUAGCUGAAGGCAUGCUGGAGAAACUUGAUCUAGAAGAUGAAGCUUUUGAAGAAUCCGAAAGUGAUAUCUACAUGCGCUUUAUGAAGUCACACAAGUGCUACGACAUUGUUCCUACCAGCUCUAAGCUCGUGGUUUUUGACACUACUCUGCAGGUAAAAAAGGCCUUCUUCGCCUUGGUUGCCAACGGGGUGCGGGCAGCCCCACUAUGGGAGACAAAGAAGCAGAGCUUUGUCGGAAUGUUAACCAUCACAGACUUCAUCAACAUCCUCCACAGAUACUACAAGUCUCCCAUGGUACAAAUCUACGAGCUGGAGGAACAUCAGAUUGAAACAUGGAGAGAGCUCUACCUACAAGAAACCUUUAAGCCAUUAGUGAACAUAUCACCUGAUGCGAGCAUAUUCGACGCGGUGUACUCGCUCAUCAAGAACAAGAUCCACCGGCUGCCCGUCAUCGACCCAGUCAGCGGCAACGCGCUUUAUAUCCUCACACACAAGAGGAUCCUCAAGUUCCUCCAGCUCUUCGUGUGCGAGAUGCCCAAGCCUGCCUUUAUGAAGCAGACUUUGGAGGAACUAACCAUCGGGACCUACCACAACAUCGCCUUCAUCCACCCCAACACACCAAUCAUCAAGGCCCUCAACAUCUUUGUGGACCGGAGGGUGUCCGCACUGCCAGUGGUGGACGAGUCAGGAAAAGUAGUGGAUAUCUAUUCCAAGUUUGAUGUCAUUAACCUUGCUGCUGAGAAGACCUACAACAACCUGGACAUCACGGUGACCCAGGCUCUGAGGCAUCGCUCACAGUACUUUGAGGGCGUCAUGAAGUGCAACCGGCUCGAGACACUGGAGACCAUCGUGGACAGGAUAGUCAAAGCAGAGGUCCACAGGCUGGUUGUGGUGGAUGAGAAUGCCCGGAUCGUGGGCAUCGUGUCCCUGUCGGACAUCUUGCAGGCCCUGGUGCUCGCCCCUGCAGGUAUCUGCAGGAAGAACAGCCAACCACAACCAGAAGCAGAGGCACCACCAGCAACAUUAGUAGAGGCAGAACCAGAGGUAGAGGUAGCAGCAGAUAAAGAACUACAGGAAGAGGCCGAAGCAGAGGCACCACUAGAGAUGUUAGUAGAGGCAGAACCAGAGGUAGAGGUAGCAGCAGAUACAGAACCACAGGAAGAGGCCACAGCAGAGGCACCACCAGAGAUGUUAGUAGAGGCAGAACCAGAGGUAGAGGUAGCAGCAGAUACAGAACCACAGGAAGAGGCCGAAGCAGAGGCACCACCAGAGAUGUUAGUAGAGGCAGAACCAGAGACUAAGGAACCACCAGAAACAUUGGUAGAGACCGAGGUAGUGGUGGCUGAACCAGCAGCUGAGGUAGAAGCUCUAGUGGAAGCUGAGGUAGAGGUGGUGGUGGAAGAUGAAGCAGAGGUGGAAGGUAAGACUGAGACUGAGGUGGUGGUGGAAGUAGAAAUCAAGACUGAGGUAGUGGAGGUUAAGGGUGAAACUGAGGCAGAGAUGGAGGCUGAGGCUGAAACCAAGGCAGAGGAAGUAGAGGUUAAGUCUGAAGCUGGGGUGGUGAUGGUAGAGUUGGUGGGGGCUGAGGUGGGGAUGACAGAGGAUGAAGCAGAGGUGGUGGUGGUGGAGAUUAAGACUGAAACCGAGGUAGAGGCUGAGGUGGAGGUUAUGGCUGAAACCGAGGCUGCGGUGGGGAUGGCAGAGGUGGUGGUGGAGAUUAAGGCUGAAACCGAGACAGAGGCUGAGGUGGGGAAUGCUGAGGCCGUGGCAGAGUCUGAGGCAGUAGUGAAGGUAGAGACUGAAGCUGGACCCAAGGAUGCUGAGGAAGGAGAGGCAGAGUGACAUCCAUGGCCGUCGCUACAAGCCGUACGUGACUGACCUGCCAAGACGCUGCUGUGAGAGGAAGUUGACUCAGGAAGAGGAGCGAGCUGAGAAAGAGGCUGGAUCUAAUUGUUGGGAUGGGUGGUUUAGUAGAAGUGUGACACUCCGGCUUACCAGGGUCCUAAUGGGUAAUUUUCUGUGAUGGGGGAGAUGGUCACAUGGGUGACUUUCUCAGGCUGACCAACCAGGGAUCACUUUACUAUAACUGGAUUGUGCCUCCCUUUUCUCCAGAUUGUGCACUAUAACACCCCCGUCCAUUUACCUCUGGAUCUUCCAGCAUCACCUGUCUGUGGGCCCAAUUCAGAAACAACCCGUAGUCCCUAUCCUCUAGGCACUUGUGUAGACUUGAAAGGAGUGGAUGGGUGUGAGCAAUGUGGCUAAUAUUCCACCUAGCCUAUCAGAGAGAAAGGCGGAGCUACCACCAUGUUGUCCUGUCUACACCAAGUGUCUACCUAGAGCAGUGGUUCUCAAUCUUUUCUGAACCGGGGCGUACCUUGAGGUGAGACAAAUUCUGUGGCACACCUAAAUUGUCCCUAUUAAUCGAUUUUAGUGGAAAUUACCCCCAUUUCACCCAAACUGCUAUUUUCUGUGACAAAUUUUCUGUGACAAAUGCUUUUCUUAUAGAUAAAUAGGGUUCAUUUGUGUGUAUCCAAGAGUGCCUCGUGAGAAAUUUACAAAAAUGUAGCUCUUGGGAAAUAGGUCAUUAGUUUUGAGGCGUUUUGGUUAGAGAUUUGUUUUUUCUGCAUUGUAAAGAUGUAACCACCGAUAUAGCCAUGCUCCCCAUAUGUUUCUAUGGCAGAGGCUGUGGAACAGCUAAGCUUAAUCAGACUUGCCUGUGCUAGUGGUUCUCAGUCACAGGCAAAGUUUUUUUUUUUUUAUGAUUCAAAUGACUUUGCUUGUGAUGCGCAACCCUCAGAUGAUACAAAUGUUACAGCCUGAGUGCACCGGACUUGAAAUGUUUGAGUGUUUAAAUUAUUUAAAAAAUAAAUAAGAUUAGGGGAAAGUUUCAAGUUCCUCAAGGCACACUGGUUGAAAACCACUGGCAUAGAAGUUAGGGGCUAAGGAUUGUUUCUGGACAGGAUCAUAGUCUCAACCAUGAGCACACAAAUGGUUUGAAUAUCAGUCUUUUAAGCUUAUUUUUUGUUCUAGUGUACUUCUACAUCUUUAUCAUGAUUCUGUCUGCUCUCCUCCUUCAGGGAGUGUUUUUUUCGCUUUAUUUGCACAAGGUUUUGUGAACGUAACAGAGGCUCUCUGAAAACUAUACCAAUCCCCCCUGCUAGUUAUGAUGUCCCUUUGACUACGGGCUGUGCUCGCUGUCCUGUCUUUAACGUCAUUGGUGCCUUUCGCCCCCACAAGUAGUCACACGUCAUUGGCUGAGAGAGAGCUGGAGAAUGUUCAAAAACGUGUUAAAACUGAAUGUGAGCGUUUCCAAAACCAAAAACAUGAUAUAUCACACUUUGUGUUUAUUUUGUUGAUGUUGAGAUAAUUUUCUAGAAUCAAAGUUUGUCUGUUAUAUUCCUGAAAUGUUAAUUUUGAAAUGAUGCUGUAAAGAUAGAUUAAAAGUUGUAUUUAUUAAAUCGUAUUUUCUCUGUGCUUAACUAUUUUUAGAGGGUGGAAGAGAACGAAAGUGAGGUGACUGUAUGCUGACUUUGACUUUGUAGUUCAAUGCUUUUCAAGGAGCAGCAGCUGCCUAUAUCCAACAUUUCUCUUUACUUCUCCAGUUACUUGGAGGCAUGCAAGAUAUCUUGUACUCUGUAUUGAUCAUUAUUUUUUUCUGUGUAUACAAUGCUGUAAAAUAAUGUUCUUUGUCAUUUUUUUUUUCCCUUGUGGAUUAGGUUGUGGUGUAUUGUUGAUGGUCUCGAUAAGGGGAUUAUCCACUGAAAAUGGAUAGAACUGGUUGAGUACGACAGUAUAAUGGUAAUACAUAUUGUACUUUUCAGUUUUAUUUUUUACUUUGCUGUUUGAGAAAGUAAUAAAACGUACUGUUGAAUCUUUU